CGGGCAGUCACGGGCCAGACGUACGUUAGAACAGGAGUCCGUACUCAAAUGCCUCCCGAGUGUGAGGAAAUAGACGAUCAUGACGUGCCGGAGAAGAUUUCCUGCAUCGACAACAAGAUCAAAGAACAUCUGCAGUUCUCAGUAACUUCAGUAACACAAUGCGGUCGUCGAGCAAUGGUAAAUAAAUUCUGGUGCCAGGAAGCAGCAAGGAAGUGGUUUUAUAGAAAGGAUCAACCACCUCAUCCGCGAGUCUUCUCCGAACCAAAAUGUCAGAAACAUGUAGCUACCUGGUAUCUACUGUAUCGUUGGUUAAUUUUUUUGGCCUGGGCUUGUAUUUUAGUAUGUUCAAUUUUCGAAAUCGGUAGCCAAAACCCUAUGUCAGUAUACGAUACAUGGCCAAUUUAUUUGACCAACUGGGAUUUAGUAUUAGGCGUUGGUCAAGCCUUGCUUGGCUGUUUUCUCGUAUUGAGAAGAUGGAAAUUGCAAAAAAUAUCAGACUUCGAUCCUUCUGCGUUAAUGCUAGGAUCAAUAGACAAAAUUUACUGGUAUCUUUAUGUUGUAACUACUAGUACCGCAUUUGGCGUUACUAUUACCUAUUGGUGUAGCAUAUUCGAUCCCAGGAUUCACCAUUUGGAUCCUCUGAACAUCAUGUUACACAUUUGUAACAGCGUAUUGAUGAUAAUAGAUUUUUGUGUCACGAGCAUUCCAUUUCGACUAAGGAACAUCUGGUGGUGUUUAAUCAUAGUAUUUUUGUAUACGGUGUUUUCGCUAAUAUAUUAUUUAAUCGGAGGUUUGGACAAGAAUGGUUACCAUUACAUAUACAAAGUUCUUGAUUGGAAAAAGCCUAUUCAAGCUUCGUUAGUGUGCCUAGGCGAAGCUAUUUUGAUGUCCAUAUUACAUUCCUCGUUUUGUUUCCUAGAGAAAAUAAAGAGUUGGUUGUAUUUAAAGGUUGACAAGAAAUUAGGAAAACCGUAUGCGGAAACACAGAUUUCUAGUACAGAAAAACAUGCCGACAUUGUUUGAAAAUUGACGAUAAUAGGCAAUUUUUACUCAGUCCUAAAAUGAAAUAUUACUCAUAUUUUUCAUUAAUAUUUGUACCGUUCAAAACUAUAAUUUGAAGUAUAAAUAUAUAUUUAUGGUACUAAUAUAUAUAUAUAUAUAUAUAUAUAUAUAUGUAUGUAUGUGUAUUUAACACAUAUUUAUAUCUAUAUAUCUUUCUAGGUAAAUUAAUUUUUUUAUUAUUAAUCGUUUACUGCAAAUAGUGCCUAAAUGGUGGAAGUGAAUCCUUUUGUUUAAUGAAGUUUUCAUUUAAUGAAAAUUAUAUCAUAUCGGCGAUAAAUUUAAACGAAAUUAAAGUAUUAACGUAAAAAUGUACAUGUGUGUAUGUGCACGAUUAUCAUAUUCAUAAUCAUAUAGUAGUAUUUAAACAAAUUUUUAACAAACAUUAUACGUUAUUGUAAAAAGCGAUUUAGAAUUGUAAUGUAAAUUCAAUUUAGGAAAUAUACUGUCAAAUAGAUAAAUGUACAGCUAAUAAUUUUGUUAGUUAAAGCAUUGGUUUUAGCUAAUUAUAAAAGUACAUUAUGAAUAAAAAUUCAUGCAAAUACACGCAUUUGUAGGUACGAGAGUAUUUAAUUGAAUGUCUUGUGUUCUAUCCAAUUAUUUUUUAAUUAUUGUAUUAUAUACCAAUUUUAUAAAAACAUUCCAGAUUUUUUUUAUUUUCAUUGAUAUUUUGGUAUAUCUUGUUUUAUUAAAUGUUGAACUAUAUAGAAUUAUUAUACAAUUAGUAAAAAUCCUCAAUGUAUGAAGUUUAUAACAUGUAAAUUACUUACAUCACAAAAUGUGUAUUCAAUUUCUUAAUUCUAGUAAACAAAUUUUAUUAUACAUUGGCUAUUAUAUACACAAGGUUCUAGGAAUUUUAUAUACAAUAGAAGAACAGUGAAUAAACUUUUUGGAAAAAUAGCAAUAAUUUAUUAAUAAAAUAACGAUUUGAAGCAAUUAUGGACUGUAGUAUAAAUGAAUGUAAGGCCAAAACGAGCCUUUGAUCACAGACCAUAUUAAAACUUAGCCUACAUUAGAAAA